AUUUCUUGGCACCAGUCCUCAUUGAAGUUGGUGUCUGUCUUUUGCCCAGUUCAACCAACCGGCGGCGUUUCUAUUUUUUUUUUUUGGUCCCCUACUCUUUCACUCACUCUCUCACUCUCUCUCUACUCUCUCACAGACCAAGUCUCUGGAGCUUCUUCCCAAUUCGCUUUUAUCAAAGAUAUUGCCUUUGUCUCCGUCUCUAUUCCUGAGUUCUAAGAACAACCCAUUAAACACCCAUUCUUCCAAUAUAUUUGUUUUACCACCUAUACGCGGCGAUUAGCUCUUAAAGGUGGCUUGAUUGUUUGUGAAGGUUUUAGAUUAUCAAACGCCAUGGGCAGUGAAUUCUACGAGGAUGAUCAGGUUCCAUUGGCUCUCAUAGAUGGCCUAACCUUUUAUGUUUCAACUCAGGCAGACACUGAGAAGAUGUCUGUUAUAUCUAUAGAUGCUGCCAAUGGAGUCACCGAUCCUAGGUUGGGUGUCCCAAAUCCAUCUUCUCAGUGCUCUACAUGUGGUGCAAGUGAUUUGAAGUCUUGUGAAGGUCAUUUUGGGCACAUCAAAUUUCCAUUCACUAUACUCCAUCCCUACUUCCUAUCGGAAGUUGUACAAAUUCUAAACAAGAUUUGCCCAAGAUGUAAAUCUACUAGGCAAAGUCGUCAGGUCAAGCAGGGCCCUAAUUCCAUAACUGGUUAUCAUCAGCCAACAGGUUGCAGCUAUUGCAUUGGAAGUUCAUCGACCAUGAAGUUUAAAGUUUCCUCAAAAGAUCUUUUUAGCAGAAGUACAAUUACAGUAGAGGUAAAUGACAAAUUGCUAGAGAAAUUCAAGAGUACAGAUGAUUUUUGGGACUUCAUUCCAAAGGAUGCACAACAAGAAGAAAGUUGUAUGAAACCAAACAAGAGAGUUCUUUCACAUGCCCAGGUCCAUUAUUUGUUGAAUGCCAUUGAUCCUGACUUCAUAAAAAAAUAUGUUGCAAGGACAGAUUCACUUUUUCUCAACUGUUUCCCUGUAACUCCAAAUUCUCAUCGUGUGACAGAAUUUAUAAAUUCAUUUUCUAAUGGGCAACGAUUGAUUUUUGAUGAGCGGACGAGGGCAUAUAAAAAAUUAGUUGAUUUUAGAGGAGCAGCAAAUGAUUUGGGUUCUCGUGUUUUAGACUGUCUAAAAAUUUCCAAGCUAAGCAUAGGACCAAAUCCAAGUAAAGAUUUGGUUAUUGGCCAGCAAAAAAGCAUUAGAGAUUCUCCUUCUAAAACAUGUGGUUUGAGGUGGAUCAAAGAUGUGAUCCUUGGGAAGCGAAGUGAUCAUUGUUUCCGCAUGGUUGUUGUUGGUGAUCCAAACAUAAAGCUCAAUGAAAUUGGCAUACCAUGUCAUAUUGCAGAGAGAAUGCAUGUUUCCGAGCGUUUGAACAGAUGGAACUUGGACAAGUCGGAUGGCUGUUGGAAUUUACGCCUUAUUGAGAAGGGAGAGAUCUAUGUUCGAAGAAAUAAUAAAUUGGUCCGUGUACGCCCUACCGAUGAACUGCAUAUAGGGGACACUAUUUAUAGGCCUCUAAGUGAUGGAGAUAUUUUGUUGAUAAAUAGGCCUCCUUCCAUACAUCAGCAUUCCCUUAUAGCUCUAUCUGUUAAGGUACUUCCAAUAACAUCUGUUGUAUCAAUAAACCCAAUAUGCUGCUCUCCUUUUCGUGGUGAUUUUGAUGGUGAUUGCCUUCAUGGCUAUGUCCCUCAAUCGGUUGAUACCAGAGUUGAGCUCAGGGAGCUUGUUGCUUUAGACAGGCAAUUAACUAAUAGGCAAAGUGGUAGGAACCUGCUUUCAUUUAGUCAAGACAGUUUAACUGCUGCUCAUUUGAUAAUGGAGGAUAGUGUACUUUUGAAUCUUUUUGAAAUGCAACAGCUCGAAAUGUUCUGUUUGCAUCAACGGAUGUUGCCAGCAAUUAUUAAAGCUCCGUCACUUGAUGGUCCAGUUUGGACUGGAAAGCAAUUGUUCAGCAUGCUCCUGCCUUCAGGCUUUGAUUAUGUUGAUGCUUCAAAUGGUGUUUGUAUUAGAAAUGGGGAGCUUGUGUCUUUUUCUGAAGGAUCUUCUUGGUUGCGUGAUAUAGAUGGCAACCUUUUCCAAAGUCUUAUAAAAUAUUGCCUCGGUCAUGUAAUUGACAUCUUGCAUGCUGCUCAGGAAGUUCUUUGUGAAUGGUUGUCAAUGAGGGGCUUGAGUGUUUCUCUCGCAGAUUUAUACCUCACUGCUGACUCACACUCACGGGAAAAGAUGAUGGAUGAAAUCUUCUUUGGUCUGCAAGAAGCUGAGCAGACCUGUGCGUUCAAACGGCUAGUCAAUUAUUUUCAGGAAUUCCUAAUAGAGAAUAAUACAGAGGAUAAUCAACGGAAUGUUUCUAUUCAGAUGGAAUACUUGCUCUAUAAGAAGCAGACAUCGGCUGAACUUAGCCAAGUUUCUAUUGAUGCUUUCAAGCAAGUGUUUAGGGAUAUUCAAAGUUUGGCCUACAAAUAUGGAGGUAAAGACAAUUCCCUGAUGGUUAUGUUUAAGGCUGGAAGCAAAGGGAAUUUGCUGAAAUUAGUUCAAAAUUGCAUGUGUCUUGGCUUGCAACAUUCCCUGAUUCCUUUAUCAUUUGGGCUUCCCCAUCAGCUCUCAUGUAUUGCGUGGAAUAAUCACAAGGCAUGUGGUUUAACCCAAAAGGUGGAUGCUUCUCCUAAAUAUUGCAAGUCUUACAUCCCUUGUGCCGUCGUUGAAAGUUCUUUCCUCUCUGGCUUAAAUCCAUUAGAAUGUUUUGUUCAUUCAGUUACAUGUAGAGAUAGUUCUUUCAGUGACAAUGCUGAACUUCCUGGGACUCUGCACCGAAGGCUUAUGUACUUCUUGCGUGAUUUGUAUGCUGCUUAUGAUGGAACGGUGAGAAAUGCGUAUGGGAACCAGCUUGUUCAGUUUGCUUAUAGCAGUGAUGUUCCGGUUUGCAGUGUAUUAGGUAGUGAACCUGUUGGUUCAUUGUCUGCUUGUGCCAUUUCUGAAGCUGCAUACAGUGCUUUGGAUCAGCCAAUAAGUGUACUUGAAACUUCUCCUCUGCUAAAUCUGAAGAGAGUCUUGGAAUGCGGCUCAAAAAAAAGUAGUGCUGACCAAACUAUGUCACUAUAUCUGUCUGAGGAACUUGGAAGACAGAGACAUGGUUUUGAGUAUGGAGCGUUAGAGGUCAAGGAUCAUUUGGAGGGACUAAUAUUUUCAGAAGUUGUUUCUACUGUCAUGAUAAUGUUCUCACCACAGACCGGAAGCAAGACAUGUCUCAGUCCUUGGGUUUGCCACUUUCAUAUAUGCAAGGACAUACUGAGAAGAAGAAGACUAAAUGUGCAUUCUAUAAUUGAUUCCCUUCAUCUACGGUGUAAGUCUGCCCAAACAGAGUCAAAAACAAAUUUUUCAAAGUUGCAGAUAAUGAACAGGAACUGUUCUGAAGCUGACACACAUGAGAAAGAUAAGGAUCCUUGCUGUAUCGUUGUCAGUAUACCUGAAAACUCUAAAAAUUCUUCGAUAGAGUUGGAUAUGGUUCAAAAUGUGGUGAUUCCCUCUCUGCUUGGAACUGUUAUAAAAGGAUUCCGAGAGAUCAAAAAGGUUGAUAUUUUAUGGAAGGAUAGGCCAAAAAUAUCAAAAGCAAUUCAUGGUUCUUCUGGUGAACUCUACUUAAGAGUGUCUAUGUCAGGAAGCACCAGUAGAACAAGAGCUUGGAGUAUGCUAUUGAAUGAUUCUCUCCCGAUUAUGGAUAUGAUUGAUUGGUCUCGUAGUCAUCCAGAUAAUAUCAAAGAAUUCUGUGUUUCCUAUGGAAUAGAUGCUGGAUGGAAAUAUUUCCUCAAUAAUUUGGAGUCGGCAAUAUCUGAUAUUGGGAAGACUAUACUUCCCGAACAUUUGCUUCUUGUUGCGGAUUCGCUGUCAGUUACAGGACAGUUUGUUGGCUUGAAUGCAAAAGGCAUUGCACAGCAAAAGGAACAUGCAUCUUCUUCAUCACCCUUUAUGCGAGCAUGCUUUUCUACACCUGGUGCUCACUUUAUCAAAGCCGCAAAGGCUGGAGUCACAGAUCGUCUUCAGGGUAGUCUAGAUGCAUUAGCAUGGGGAAAGGUGCCUGCUAUGGGGACCGGUGGACGGUUUGAUAUUAUAUAUUCUGGAAAGGGACAUGAAAUUGCAAAGCCUGCUGAUGUAUAUGACCUGCUGGGUAGUCAAAUCAGUUCUGAUAAACAGAAUGAAAUUAAAAUGUCUACUGAUCAAAAUCAUACAUCCAACAAAUAUGAUACUCAGUUUUUAUAUGGGUUUGGUGGUUCUGUUUCGAAAGGAUUUACCAAAUUGGGUAUUGCAAAAUCAUUCAUAAGAAAGUUUUUUACGCCGAAAGAUGUUCAGAAUCUGUCACAUAAACUGAAGCAUAUCUUGCACAAGUAUCCCAUAGAUCACAAGCUAGAUGAUGCAGACAAGUCAACCUUGAUGAUGACUUUAUACUUUCAUCCCCGAAGAGAUGUUAAAGUUGGUGCUGGAAUUCAGGACAUUAAGGUUGUGAAUCACCCUGAUCAUGAAAACUCGCGCUGCUUUAUGUUGUUAAGAACAGAUGGAACAUCCGAAGAUUUUUCGUACCACAAAUGUGUUCAUGGUGCUCUCGAGAUUGUAGCUCCUGUAAGGGCAAAAAGCUACUGGUCGAAGUUGUCACAACAGGGUUUUGAGGAAGCUGGCUGUCACUAGAUUGGAUCCCAGUGGACAUGGUUAUGCUGUUAAUUUGGUUGACCUCCAAAAUGGAGUCUGCAUUUUGAGGUUGGAUGGGGGCUGCAACUCGACAUCCCCAACCACAAAAAGAGGAAAAAAUGGUGCAGAUGAAUUUUGCUCCUCUAACUAAAAAAUGUUUUUGACUCAUUGAUGAGUUUUGGAGCUUUCAUACCUUUUUCCAUGGCUUCAAAAGAAGGAAGCCUUUUUUUUUUUUUUUUUUUUUGGGUUUCUUUUUUUAUUUUUUGGGGGUUGGGGGGUAGUGAAUGUAUUAGCUUUCGUUAGUUUCUCUCAUAAGGUAUACAACCUUUGUUGAAGCUUCUUUUUGCUCCUUUAACUCCAUCUUUGUUGCCUUGAAUCAAAACCGGGCAAAAAAGAUCUAGUUGAAGCAGCAAAGAGAAGCCUGUGAAGGUUUUAAAACCCAAUUUCAUAUUGUAUCUUUAAAUGACGAUGGAAUCAUUUAUUCGGUUCAAGCUUCCGUCCAGCCUUUUCA